UGAUUACCCCGCUCUUCCUCCCAUCAUCAGGUAAAACACAUUGGGAUAAAAUAAAGUGUCAUGGCGCCCUUUUUCCCGCUGUGGGUGCAAGUGUUUUACGUGCUUUUGUGUACCACAAAGUUCUUCCGCUCGGGUUAAUGCACGCAUCCAUUGUCACGGCUGUCGCUGCCGCACCGCUGCGUUUGGUGGCAAUGGGUGUCACAUGGCGUGGUCUGACGUACAAGGCAAUAUUGGACGAAGCAAUGGUAUCAGUAGCUGUCAGUUGGGCUCCAGCGGUGGCGUAUGCAGGCUUUCUCGUCACACAGCGCCGUUUGGAACUUCUCAAGAGAUCGAGGUGUUCACGUAUUGUGCAGCUUCUCAUCAUGGCCAUUAUUAGAGUUGUUUUGGGAUUUGUUGUUUUUUCCCUGUUGUUUCGCCGCUGCGAUGAGAUUGGGUCCACGUCUCUCCUUGGGAUAUUUAGGAAAGAUGCCUUUAAGGCGUACGAGUUGAAGCAGGUGAUUUCGGUGUUUUUGCGUUACGUGGUGCAUUUGCUGCUGGGCGUGGUGCGGAAGACAAGCGCGUACACGAAGUCAAUUCAACAUGGACGACAACUUUUGGACCGCAAGUAG